CAUCACGUACACUAACAGGAAAUGUAGACACGGCACGGCCGCAUGGUUACCGCUGGAGGUGAAAUUUCUUCCAUGGACGUUCCAGUCGGUGGUUGCGCCCGAGCUGCUUGUCUUUAGUUUAAUGGGGGCGAAGGAUGAAUCCCGGCGGGUAAUUGGGGUGUCGGAUUCUACGCCGUCUCUCGGAUUUCUUCUCGUGGUCCUCUUUUGGCUUUGGUUUAGUAAAGUGCGUGAUUUCUACACUAGACCUAGCCAUUGCCAUCCUUCUCUCUUUCCCCUCAGCAGGUUGUGUUGGUUCGUGUCUGCACUGCGGCGAUUCGCAUCAACGCUACGCUACCGCACUCGUAUCAGAUAUCGCAAGUAUCCGAGUUGGUGUCGCCGGGCUGCUUUCAUGCAUUCAUGCAUUGAACCCCCUGCCCAUGUUCUCUACGGCGUAUGUUGGAACGACCGGAAUUAUGGCUCCUCCCUAGCCUUUCUAUCCUCUUGGCAAGCAUGUCCUCCGUGCCACUCCUCGAUUCAUGCCGCAUCUGCAGAAAAUAGACGCCGUAACGGAUGUGACGGGAACAUCGUGCAUAUGGGCGGUUGGCAAGGAGAUAGGGUGUAUGGGUGUGCUAGGUCCUUUUGCCACAGUAUCUCGUGGUCUGUUCGUAUGUGACAGCGGGAAAUAGACGCCGUCAACUGUGCAUGGGCAGAAGCACCUGCAUGAUGAUGGCCAGGAGGAUGGAUCUAGAGGUAUCUGUGCAUGGUGCGUA